AUGGCAGGCCUGCUGAGGUCGGAGGGGCGCAGCGGCGCCAAGUUCGCGGCAGCCAUCUCUGCAGAGUUUUUCGGCGUCCUCUUCUUCGCGCUCAUCGGCGCCGCCGCUUCCUACAAGAACUUCGCCAUCGCAAACGGCCUUGCCCUGGCGGUCCUUGUCUAUGCGACCGCCAAUGUUUCUGGCGGCCACCUCAACCCUGCAGUCACCGUGGCUGCCCUGGCCACCGGCCACGUGUCGGUUCUCCGCGGCCUGUCCUACAUCGCCGCGCAGAUUGGUGGCGCCAUUGCCGCCUCCGCCCUGCACCUCGCCCUCCUGCCCAAGGCCGCGGCCGUCGGCUGCUCGGGCCCCGGCGGCGGGGCCACCCUGGGGCAGGCCAUCGUGUGGGAGCUGCUGCUCACCGCGGUGCUCGUGACUGUUGUAUACGCCGUGGCGAUCGGCGACAAGAACUUUGCGGGCCCCGCCGCCAUCGGUAUCACCCUCGCCGCCGCCGCCCUCACCGCGCUGCCCUACACCGGCGCCGCCCUCAACCCGGCGCGCACCCUGGGCCCGGCCAUUGUGUUUGGCUGCGGCGCGGGCAGCGUCAGGACCACGCUGCUGUACGUGCUGGCGCAGCUCCUGGGAGGCCUUGCCGCGGGCGCGGCCAGCUGGCCCCUGUAUGGCAUCGGUCCCCACUUUGGCAAGUGGGGCGAGGAGCUCAGGGCGGAUGCUGAGGUGGCGUACGACGAGGCGAAGCAGGCGCUCAGGGGCACCUACGCGCGCCUGGAGGAUCAGGCCUAG